GUUUCACCCCCCAUGGGAAAGGAGGGGCGCGCCACUUUCAUUGUUCCCGCCGCCUUGGUUCAAGCUGCUGCGGCUGUGGUGCUUCGCCCCAACGCCGCCCGUAGCCGAAGGAGCACGCGAGGUCGCCCGCGUGCACUUCAUACAUAAGAAGCUUACUACCGCCAAUUGAAAUGGCUACACAUCAAGAGGAGCCAGAGUUGGCCAGCAUUUCUACGAACAGUCCUUCCACGUACGGCUCGGUGAAGGACGCCAAGAGCAAUGAGCUCGCCGAGGCCGCCUUGAAGGACGCGCUGAUCCCUGACAAGGCGCCCCCGCAGCUGGGCAUACCAGCGGUGUGCUGGUACAUCCUCGUCGUCGAGCUCUGCGAGCGACUGUCCUUCUACACGUUCGCCGGCUCGCAGGAGUUCUUCCUCGAGCACAUUGGCUUCCCCCUCUCGGCCGCCAGCGCCCUCAACGCCACCAUGUGGACCCUCUGCACCGUGCUGGCCGUCGUGGCCAGCUGGGCGGCGGACGUGGUCUUCGGGCGUUACCACACCAUCCUGGUGUCUGGGCUGCUCUACGCGACAGGCGCCGGGCUGGCUGCGGCGGCGGCCUGGCCCGGCCUCGAGAGCCAGGGCCUAUACUUCCUGGGCAUGCUCGGAUUCAUGCCGAUCGCCACCGCGGGUAUCAAAGCGAACAUCUCGAACUUCGGCGCCGACCAGUACGACCCGAGCCACCCGGGCGCGGCCGCCGGGCAGGAGAAGUUCUUCUCCGUCUUCUACUGUUCCAUCAACGUGGGCGCGGGCCUCGCCUACGGCUUCUUCACCACCUUCGCGGCAAGCGGGGGCCUCGGCGUCCCGAAGAGCUACGGGUACUUCACGGCGUACGCGCUGAUGGCUGCCUGCAUGAUGGGCGCGGUGGGCAUCUGCUGGGCUGGCAGGCGCGGGUACCGUGUGCACCCGCUCCUGAAGCGUUCCGCGUUGGCAUCCACGGCGGAGUGCCUCGUGGGGUGCGCCGCCAGCGGCUCACACAGGGCCGCGAUGGUGUGCUUCGGCGUGCUGCUGCUCUGCAGCAGCAUCGUGCUCUCCGCGAUGGAGUCCCUCAUUCCGAGCAUGGGCAUGCCCAUGAUGAUGGCGGCGUUCUGCUGCGCCGGCGUCGGAGUCCUUGCGGUGACCGUCCUGUGCGUGAACUCGAGCUGGCUGACGACCAGUGUGGACGGCGCUCCCACGGUGGAGGAACAGGACACCCAGAAGUUCAUAAAGCUGUUGCCGACGCUGUGCAUGGGCAGCUUGUCGUUUGGGGCCCUGUACAAUUCCAUGCAGUUCUGGUAUCAGCAGCAGGCCUGCCAGAUGGACGUGCGGCUCGGGUCGAUGCAGCUGUCUGGCUCCUUCUUCAACAUCGCGGACUGCUUUGCGAUCGUGUUGAUGACGCCGGUAAUUUUGAAUUACAUAAACCCGUUCAUGGAGAAAAAGAUGGGCAAAAUCGGGCACGACAUCAAGUUCGGCAUCGGCAUGGCCGUCGCGGGGGUCUCCGUGCUGGUCGCAGCCAAGCUGGAGAUGAUGAGGAAGGCCGCCGCGGUGCUGCCCGUCCAAUCGAACUGCGCCCCGCCAGGCGUUAACAUGUCCGACAUCCAGGGCGCGUGGAUGAUGGUGCCCUACUUCCUAAUGGGCGUGGCGGAGAUCUACACGCAGCCCACUCUGCUGCAUUUCGCCUACUCGCAGAGCCCCCCCUCGAUGCGCACGUUCGCGAUGGCGGCGUCCUUCUUCAUCCAGGCAGUGUCCUCGGCGCUGUUUGCCCUCUUGGUCAAGGCCCUGAGCUCGUACAUCCCGAACAACCUGAACGACGGCCACCUAGAGUUCGGCUAUUACGUGAACAUGGCCAUUGGCCUGGUGCUCUUCGUGCCCUUCGUCAUGGCCCUGAGGAUGCACGAGGAUGCCGAGAGGGCCCAGGCCGGCAGCUCCGCGUAGGCCGCGCAGAUUUGCAUCGACUAGACGUGCGAGUAACCUUUCGACGGAGUGACUUUCGGUGCGGUCUCACCGGGGUUCCCCCGAUCGCUGAGCGCGAUGCGAAAAUGGCUGCUUGCGCGCUUGGAAGUCAACUUGUGCCCCCUCUCAUCCGCGCACGAGAAAGAUCGCUCUUGCCUAGGGUCACCCCUGCGUGUGGCCGAAUGCCAGGCCACAUGUGAGAGGAACCCUUCGCCGGAGCGACCUUUGGUGCGCGGCUUUCGGGGGGCGCGCGUGGGCCGGACCCAGGCACGCAGGCCGCUAUUGUCGCUCCCAACGAUCGGCAAAUCGCGCACCAGGGGUCACUUUUGCUCAGGGGCCAUUCUUGCGUGCAGCCGAUUUCCCUCCUGCGAGGGCCUGCCCCUCCUCUGCGCCCGUUCCUUCGUCUUGCGAUGCUGAGGCGUCCCUCCUCCUCCUCCUCCUCCUCC